AUAGUAAGCUGAAAUCCUCAAAGAAUGACUGAACUUUCGCUCCGCCGGGAGAGUUUUGUGGCCCAUCAGAGCUCCGUCGUGACUGAGCCUGUGGCGAGAGAGAGAGUCUGCUGAUACAUUACUAUAUUAGACAAAAUAGAGAGAGAAGAUACCGCGGGUGAGGUGGACGAGGUCGCAUCGGCCCCCGUCUUCUUUUCCCACCCUCCAUAUAUUAAUAAUCUCUUCCAGAGAAGAAAGAACUCCCGCGCUCAUGCAAUCGGUUCCUCAUCACUUCCUCUUCUUGUUCUUGUAUUCCUCCUUUCUUCUUCGACUCUGAAUCGAUCGUCGGCAGAGAAACCCUAACUCUACUUGUAAUGGCAACGGAUACAACGCCGACUGCGGUGGCGGUUUCGCCGGUUCCCGCACUGUACAUCGGGGACCUACACCAGGAUGUAACUGAUCCGAACCUUUUCGAGCUUUUCUCAACCAUUGGCGAUAUCGCUUCUGUUCGCGUCUGCCGGGAUUCCGUCUCCGGGUGCUCGCUUGGCUACGGUUAUGUCAAUUAUAUGUCUGAGCAGGAUGCUGAAAAUGCUAUCGAGAAAUUAAACUACAGUGUUUUGUGCGGGAAGCCCAUUAGGAUUAUGUGGUCACACAAGGAUCCAGUUGCUAGGAACAGCGGGGUUGGAAAUAUAUUUGUGAAGAACCUAAGUGGAUCCAUUGACAAUUUGAAACUUCAAGCUAUGUUUGGGAAAUUCGGGACUAUCUUGUCCAGCAAAGUGGCUUUGCAGGAUGGAAAGAGCAAAGGUUAUGGCUUUGUCCAGUUUGAUUCGCAAGAUUCUGCAAACGCUGCCAUAGAAAAUCUGAACGGUACAACAGUUGAUGGCAAGAAACUCUUUGUGAAUAAGUUCAUAAAAAAGAGUGAGCGAAUUCCCUGCAAUCUUGAAGCCAAGUAUACGAACCUGUACAUGAAAAACUUGGAUCAGGAUAUAACAGAAGAACUUAUUGAACUAAAGUUUUCAGAGUAUGGAAAAAUCUUUAAUGUGAAGAUUGCAAAGGAUGAAGCAGGAAACUCAAGAGGAUUUGGGUUUGUAAACUUUGAAAACCCUGAGGAUGCUAAAAAGGCAGUGGAGGCAAUGAAUGGACUUCGGCUGGGAUCAAAGAAACUAUAUGUUGCAAGGGCCCAAAAGAAGGAUGAGCGACUACAAAUUUUGCAGCAUACGUUCGAGGAAAAACGGAAUGAACAGAUUAGAAAUAAUAUGGCUUCAAAUCUGUAUAUUAAGAACAUUGAUGAUUGUGUUGAUGACAAUGCUCUGUGGGAGUAUUUCAGUCAAUGCGGUACUGUUGCCUCGGCAAAAGUUAUGCACGAUGAGAAAGGAAACAGUAAAGGUUUCGGGUUUGUUUGUUAUACUACUCCAGAGGAGGCUUCAAAUGCAGUGAAUACUCUUCAUGGAAGCAUGUUCCAUGGAAAACCUUUAUAUGUUGCAAUUGCCCAAAGGAAAGAGGAAAGAGCAGAACAGUUGCGUCUUCAGUAUGCCCAAAGAAUGAAUGGUUUGGCUGGUUCAGCAACCGCUGUAGUCCCUACUGUUUAUCCCACACUUUACUACAGCCCUCCGGGAGUUAUGCCACAAAUUUCUGCCCGACAAGGUAUUGUAUAUCAACCUUUUGGGCUGAGACCAGGAUGGCGGCCAAGUGGAUUUGUUCCCCCAUCUAGGCCAACUUUUCAGCCAAUGCCGCUUCCAAUUAUUCCUAAUACUCCUAGACAACAAAGGCAAAACAGGGGUCGGAUGAAUGGACAUUUUCUGCCUCAAUCUGGGCAAUCUAUGCCAUACAUGGCUCCGUUGCAACAGCCUAACCAUUCUCUGAAUUAUUUGAAAGAUAAUAAUAGCCAAGAGUUGUUGGAGAUGGAUAACUCCGAAUUGCUAUUGCUGUUGGAGUCGCCUGAUGCACUUGCUGCAAAGGUGGAAGAAGCUGUUCAAGUAUUGAAACUCUCCAAAACUCAGGUGAGUGAACUGAUUAGAAAAUAAUAAAUAUAAUGAUUAGAAAGUUAAGUAUCUUUGGUGAUCAUAACACUCGUGCUUCAAACCUGACAAAUUCAAUUACAAUAUAUAUAUAUAUCAAAGUUGUUAACAUAA